AACAGUGUUGUUAAUCCUCGUUUCUAAAAAAACAAGUAACCUGCUUCGCAGGUCCAUUUUGCUUUUCGGAAAAUAUCUAAAAAAUAGCUAAUUUGUUUAGUGUAAAAGUGCAAACAACAAAAAUCUUAACAAUUGUAACGAACAGGCGAAAAAUCGAUUUUCGCUUCGACCAUGUCGAGGUAUAAUUCGGAUUGCAAAGUUUAUGUGGGGGAUUUGGGAAACAGUGCCUCCAAACAGGAACUGGAGGAUGCCUUUCGGUACUACGGACCUUUGAGGAACGUCUGGGUGGCCAGGAACCCCCCGGGCUUUGCCUUCGUCGAAUUUGAAGACGCCAGGGACGCCGAAGAUGCUGUCAGAGGGCUUGAUGGUAGAACUAUUUGCGGCCGUAGAGCCCGGGUAGAAAUGUCAAAUGGUAAAAAUGGGAAUGGUCGGUAUAGGGGCCCACCUCCUAGAUCCAGGGGCAGGCCUUUCCAUCCAGAUGAUCGUUGCUAUGAAUGUGGAGAUAGGGGCCACUAUGCCAGGGACUGCAAUAGAUAUAAGCGAGGGGGAAGACACAGAUCUCGUAGCCGUUCGAGGAGUCGAUCCAGGGACCGCAGAAGUCGUUCAAGAAGCAAUUCCAGGAGCCGCAGUCGUUCCAGGAACCGAUCCAGAUCUAGAUCUGCAUCCGUUAAAAGGAGCAGGAGUCGCUCUCGUACUGCGGAAAAGAAUACCAGAUCUAGAUCAAGGUCUAAAAGCAGAUCUGCACCGAAGCAAAACGGAAAUUCAGGCGAUAAAGAUUGAUAUGCUAGAAUCUUUAGUAAAUCGAAUAAUUUUUAGGGUUAGGUUGUUCUUUAUCGUUGUAGUGUGAUUGAUGUACGUUUUUAAUUAAUUAAAUUAUUUGCCUGGAAAUAUGUACACAUGUAUUAAAUAAAACCCAACAAUAAUAAAAUUUCAUUCUAAUAACAA